CGUGUUAAAUUAGCUCGUACGUAUGAAGUUCUAGAUUUGAAACACGCUACCAACCUUUUUCAGAUUAGCAAUUUGUUAUGAAAAAAAUUUGUAUAGGCCAAGGACAUCGCUAAGCUUGUAAGCAAACACGACGCCGCUGGACUAUUCUCUGUUUGUUUACCACACCAAGUUACGACAAAGAUUAAGCACCGUAAUUGCAUCGAUAAUCGAAGGCAAAGCAAACCGCAAACCGCAAACCGCGAACUACACUCUCGAAAGUGAAAGAGUCUCCUGAAAGCAUGUCAGAAUCUAUGGAGAUCGACGACGCUUCCAAACCCCAAGGCGAAGAACAGAAGGGGAAGCCUAUUGUGGUCAUUUUGGUCGGCGCACCGGGUAGUGGCAAAUCCACUUUCUGCGAGCAAGUCAUCAGCUUAUCUACCCGUCCAUGGGUUCGCGUUUGCCAGGAUACCAUUGGGAAUGGUAAAGCUGGAACCAAAGCUCAGUGUCUACAGAGUGCAAGCAGUGCUUUGGCAGACGGCAAAAGUGUGUUCAUCGACAGAUGCAAUUUAGAUAGGGCACAGCGUGCGGAGUUUGUGAAGCUUGGUAAUUCCCAAGUAGAUGUUCAUGCUGUGGUGCUUGAUCUCCCUGCAAAGCUUUGUAUAUCUAGAUCUGUUAAACGAAGUGGCCAUGAGGGAAACUUGCAGGGUGGAAAAGCCGCCGCAGUUGUGAAUAGGAUGCUACAAAAUAAAGAAUUGCCUAAAUUGAGUGAAGGGUUUGCUAGAAUAACAUUUUGCCAUAAUGAAAGUGAUGUUCAAGGUGCUCUUAAUACAUACAGUGCACUUGGUCCAUUAGAUACUCUCCCUCAAGGUGCUUUUGGACAGAAGAAUCCGGAUGCUAAAGUUCAAGUUGGUAUAACGAAGUUCUUUAAGAAAACAGAGAGUCCUGCUAAUGUUGGACCUGCUACAACUAAUAUUCAGGAGUCUGCUUCUUCAAAAAUUGCUGAGGAAAAGGACCCCCACUUGAAAGGACCAGUUUCAUUCUCAGCUAACACUGGUGAGAAGUUAACUGAAGAUGAAGACCCAGUGAUGGGCUCUGUUGGACUUGAUGUUUCUAUGAAUGAUGCUCCUACGCUGGCCUUCCCAUCUAUUUCAACAUCAGAUUUCAAGUUCAACCACGAGAAGGCAUCUGACAUUAUUGUUGAGAAAGCUGAGGAAUUUGUGAACAAGAUUAAAAAUGCUCGGCUUGUUUUAGUGGAUUUGACGCAUAGAUCAAAAAUUUUAUCUUUAGUUAAGGCUAAAGCUACAAAGAAAAACAUAGACUCCAAUAGGUUCUUUACAUUUGUGGGAGAUAUUACUCAACUUUAUUCACAAGGAGGUUUACGCUGCAAUGUAAUAGCUAAUGUUGCUAAUUGGCGACUGAAACCUGGAGGUGGAGGUGUUAAUGCUGCAAUCUUCAGUGCUGCGGGUCCAGCCCUGGAUGUUGCAACUAAAGCACGAGCUAAAUCUCUUCUUCCUGGGAACUCGCUGGUUGUUCCAGUCCCUUCAACUUCUCCCUUGUUUUCUAGGGAAGGGGUAACACAUGUCAUACAUGUUCUAGGACCCAACAUGAACCCAGAAAGACCAAACUGUCUCAACAAUGACUAUGGUACAGGUUGCAAAAUUCUCCGUGAGGCUUAUACGUCCCUCUUUGAAAGUUUUGCAUCAAUAAUAAAGAGUCAAGCAAAGUUACCUAAGGGAACCAUAGAAAUUCCUGGUUUUAAGCAGUCAGAGGUUCAGGAUCACUCAGAUAGUGCCCCUAGAAAUAGUGAGCAGAAGAUUAAGAGAGAAAACUUUCAUGAAUCUGCUAGGAGCAAAAAGUGCAAGGGAUCCCAGGCUGAAGUUGGAAGCGAUAUUUCUGAUUCUAGUGCUGCAAAGGUAAACCUGAGCAACGAAAAGUUUGAUGGAAGCACAAAGAAAGCAUGGGGAUCAUGGGCUCAGGCUCUUUACCAUAUUGCCAUGCAUCCAGAGAAGCAUAAGGAUGAUGUGCUAGAGAUAUCAGAUGAUAUUGUUGUGCUAAAUGAUCUAUAUCCGAAGGGACGAAGGCAUCUUCUAGUAUUGGCACGCCAUCAAGGUUUGGAUCGCCUAGCAGACGUACGUAAUGAGCACCUUCAUUUAUUAAAGACGAUGCAUGCUGUUGGUCUGAAAUGGGCUGAGAAGUUCUUGCAGGAAGAUGCAUCAUUGGUAUUCCGUCUUGGUUAUCACCCGGACCCAUCCAUGAGACAAUUGCACCUUCAUGUCAUCAGCCAAGAUUUUGACUCAAAACAUUUGAAGCAUAAGAAACACUGGAACUCAUUUAACACUGCUUUCUUCCUCGACUCUGUGGAUCUAAUAGAGGAAGUAAGUAGCCAAGGAAAAGCAAUAUUAAAAAAUGAUGAAAACCUGCUAUCUAUGGAGUUGCGAUGCCACCGAUGUAGAAGUGCUCACCCCACCAUACCCAGGUUAAAAUCACACAUUGGCAAUUGUGAAGCCCCAUUUCCUGCCAACUUACUUCAGAAUGGCCGUUUGGUAUGUGCUCCUAGUAAUGCGGCUGCCGUUGAUUCAUAGGUGAGAGAUCAAAUAUCACCAAAAGAUGCUCAUGUUCAGUUUGGAGUCUCACUGAUGGCGGCAGAAGGUUUUUGAUGGCCCCACUGGGGUUUAACAAUGUUUAUUUAGCAAGUUUUACUAUUUUUCAUAGAUUUUAUAUUUCAUGAUGGAGCUAUGGUGAUCAGGCGCUUAUUUUACUAGAUGUUUUUCA